AUGCUAUCCCGAAUAAACAUUGCACUCAAUCUCACAGAGUCUCUACUGAGAAGGUCUUUUCAUUCAUUGACAAAUCUGCGGAAAACUCAAGUAAAAGAAAGACUUCAUGAGCUAGAACGUCACGGUUUCAUAUUAAAUAAAACGUCCAAGCAAUUGGAGAGAAUAAAUUCUAAGAAAAGAAGACAAUUGAAGAAAUUACAAAAGACAGCAUAUCCCAAGGAUCAAGCUUUUCAUAUUCUUCGAAAAUUUCAUAAAAUAAAUAAUGAGACAUUAGCAGAUACAAAACUGGGGCCAACUAGCCAAAGCGACUUGAAGUUCCUAUCCUUAACCAAAGAUAAGAGACUCUUUUAUACCAUACUAGGCGUCAAUGGAGAACAGUUACGUGAUUCCAAAUUAAUCGCCAAUGAUGUUCAAAAAUUUUUGAAAAGAGGACAACUGGAAAAAGCUGUCUUUUUGGCUAGGCUAGCUAAAAAGAAAGGCGUCGUUGGGAUGAAUUUGAUUAUGAAAUAUUAUUUCGAAGUUGUGCAGUCCCAACAAAGUGCUGUAGAUAUCUUCAAUUGGCGAAAAAAAUGGGGAGUCCCUAUUGAUCAACAUUCCAUCACAAUCCUCUUUAAUGGGCUCUCAAAACAAGACAAUUUGGUCUCAAAAAAAUACGGAGAACUUGUUUUGAAGACUAUAGAUAGUUUGUGUGACAAAAAUGAGCUCACGGAAAUAGAAUAUAAUACCGCUUUGGCGGCACUGAUAAAUUGUACCGAUGAAACACUAGUGUUCAAACUUCUUAAUAUAAAGUGCCCAGGUUUGAAAAAGGAUAGUAUUACAUAUACCUUAAUGAUAAGAUCUUGUACUAGGAUUGCCGAUGAGAAACGUUUUAUGGUGGUACUCAAUGAUUUGAUGAAUAAAAUACCAGACUAUUGUGUCGAUUCUAAAUUGUUAUUUGAGUACUGUGAAGUAAUAUGUAGCCAGAAGUCACCAAAUAUUGAGAAGCAAGGAAUGGGACUAUGGGCCCUCUGUGAAUAUUUUCAAUUUGAUAAGACCAUUUUCAAGAAGUAUUUGACACAAAGCGAUAUUCCUACAUUAGUUCCACUAAGUCAUUGGAACAUCAAUAAGCCCUUUCCUCUCAACAAACAUGUUGUGGGAUUAUUUAUGAAUUACUGUUUGAAAAACAAGGAAUAUGAUCUUGCUAUGGAAAUAUUUCAGACAUUAGAGGCACAGAGCAACCAAAUGUUAGAUCAGAGCAUAUAUCACAAAUACAUGGAAACUGUCAUAACAACGAGGCCCACCACUUGCGGGGACGAGUGUCUGGACAUUUAUGAACGGGUAGCCUCGUCGGCACAAAUCUCAAUAACCAGGAGGACGUUAAUUUUGGUGUACAACGCAUUCCAAAGACAAAGUCUCAAGGCCGUUAUAAACAAAGAUGCAUCAAAUGCUGAAGCUACUUUGCACAAGAUUCGGGGGUUUAUAGAUAGCGUAGAGGCCACAUACUCAUCAAAGUUGAACGGCAAAGUUUACGGGUUUAAUUCAUGGAAGUUCCUGUUUCCUAUCCUUAAAAAUCUGAACAUGAAUGAUAAAGUGUCUACAGUGGAACUGAAAAGUAUACUAGAUGAAUACUUGAAAUCUUUGUUGAAGGGUGAGUUCGGGAAGGAAUUUAAAGCGAGCAUAGAAGACAAGCGCUUUGUUACGUUGGAGGGAAUUCGUUUAGUCAAGAUUUUAACCGAGAGAAUCAAGCUUCCGUCACUGGAUAGUGAGGAAAUAACCAGUUUAAAAGGCACGGAAAGAAAGAAGUUUCUUGCCAGAAGGCUCCUUUUGAGGCUGAAGCAAAUAUUACUGGAAGAUUUAGCGGACAUUGAAGGCAACUCAAGAAGGAAGGGUGAUAGCGAAAAUACAAGUACCAGUGAAGAGUGCAUCAUGGAGGACUUGGCCGAGCUGAUACUUGAAACCAGCUAUGACAAGUUUUAA